AUGAUAAGGAAAAAGGUGGCGAAGAGAAAAAUAGAGUUAGGACAAAAGGAUUGGUGGGAUAGGCAAUGCUAUAAAAAGAAGAGGGAGGUGAGGAUAUGUUAUAAGAAAUGGAGAAAAGGUAAAACAGGUAAAGAGAAAUAUAUGGAGGAAAGAAGGAAAUUAAAAAAGCUCGCAGAGAGGAAGCAAAGAGAGAAGAGGGAAGGAGAAGAAAAAGAGUUGAAGAAUUUAAGAAAUCUCGCGGAAGUAUGGAGAUUUAUAAAUAGGAAAAGGAAGAAGAGGACUUGGAAAGAAGCGGAGAUAAGUAAAGAAGUGUGGAGAAGCUACUUCAUGGAGUUAUUGGAAGGUAAUGAAACACAGAAAGGGAGAGUUAACAGAGGAGAAGAAGGAGAAAUUAUAAGUAUACGAGAGGAGAGGAUAGAAGGACAGUUGGAAGAAGAGGAAAUUGGUAAAGCGGUUAGAAAGUUGAAAAUGAAGAAGGCGGUAGGGGUGGAUGGAAUACCAAUAGAAGCUUGGAAAUUUGGAGAAGGUGCAGUGAAGAAAGGGCUGGUGGAAAUAUUGAGGCAGAUAUGGAAAGAGGGAUAUAUACCCAAGGACUGGAAAAUGUCAAUAAUUGUCCCCUUGUAUAAGAGAGGUGACACUAAUAAGGCUGGUAACUAUAGAGGCAUAUCUUUGCUGUGCUCGGCUUAUAAGAUAUAUGCUGAGAUUUUGAGGAACAGACUUGAAGAUGAAACAGAGAGACUGGGUUUGCUACCGGAAAAUCUGAAAGCAGCUUUUGAUAAUGUGGAAAGGGAACAACUGUGGAAAGGAUUAAGGGAGAAAAAAGUCGCAGAGGACCUCGUCUGUAAGGUGGAAAGGAUAUAUGAAGAAACGGAGGUAGCAGUAAGGGUAAAAGAAGAUAUCACUGAGAAGUUUUUUACAACGAAGGGAGUAAGGCAAGUUUGUGUGAUGAGUCCUCUGCUGUUCAACUUGUAUGUAGCGGAGAUAGGAAAGGAGUUAGAAAGGCGUAAUAUAGGAGGUAUAAGAGUAGGUAGAAAUAGGCUAUGGUCCUUAGAAGGAAAUAGGGAACAGAAAGAGUCAUGGAAAUGGGAAGGGAAAGAUAUAGAGGAGGUAAAGGUUUUCAAGUAUUUAGGUUUUGUGUUUAAUAGUAAUGGAAAUUAUAAAGAACACAUAAAGGAUUUAUAUAACAAGGGAAGGUAUCUGGUGCAGAGUGUAAUGUCUUACGGUGUGGAAAUAUGGGGCUGGGAGGAGAAGAAGGAAUUAGAAAGAGUGAUGUUAGAUUACGUAAGAUGGUUAUUCAGGUUAGAAUUCUGUACGCCAAGGUAUUUAAUGUCGAGAGAAUUAGGUUUAAAGAAACUAAGGAUAGAGUGGGGUAUAAUAUCAUGGAGAUAUGAGGAAAAGAUAAGAGGUAUGGAAGAAAUUAGAUGGGUAAAAAAGUGUUGGAUGGAAAAAGAAGUAAAUAGAGGGAGGGAUAUGUAUAGUAGGAAGAGAGAAAAAUAUUAUAAUAGAAAUGGGUGGGGUAUUGAAGCAUUAGAAAUUUUAAGAGAGGAAGGAAUUGAUAUUAGUGAGGAGUUGAGAAAUAGGGACAGGGAAGUGCAGAGACAAUUAGAGGAUAAUAAAAUUAGGGAAGCUAGAUAUAAUAAGAAAUACAAGGAUUUGGAAACAAGGUUGGAAGGGCCAAUGUAUUUAAAGGAAGGUAAUAUGGAUAUAGGAAAUUUAGGCGACAGCGUAAAGGCUUUAUUAAGGUUAAGGUGCAAAAACAUGGAGGAUAGAAAUAAGUAUUGGUUAGGGGAGGAAGCGUAUGCAUGUGUAUUUUGCGGUAUAGGCGAAGAUUGUAUAAACCAUUAUUUUAAAGAUUGUGAUGUAACUAAAAGUUGGUUUAUAGAAAUAGGUAAGAAUGAGAAUGAAGUAGAGGAAAAAUUGUGGAACGAUGUGUUAGAUGAUGCGAAAGGAAGGUUACUAAGGAAAAUUUGGAAGGAGAAGGAGAAUGUUAUAAAAAAAAAUAGGAAUAUAAGGUAG